GAGACAGCAGCCUCAGAAACUCUCAGAGCUAUGCAUCUGCCAGGUCCCCUGCACCUUCUGUGCCUGUUGUGGUGCAUUUUACAGCCUGUGCAUUCUGGAGCAGAGGAUCGCCUGAACGAUGUGGUCCUGUUUGACUCUUGGCACAGCAAUAAAUUGUUGAAACGUAAUACCAAGUGGUCACAUGGCAGUUUUACCCUGGAGAUUAAUUCGCCCCACCUGGUGUACCAAUGCUGCCCGAUGGACCCUGAACUCCAGAUGACAUCACAGGUUUUGUGGACCGGUCCAGUCUCUGCCGGGGAUGCUCGCCACCUCUUUCUGGACCUGACCUUUACCCUCUUGAGCUGCCAAUUCCCGGGCGACUGUAGGGAGGACUUCAGUGUGUACUUCUUUCAGUCAGACAACGAUUACGCCAGACCCAGAAUCCAGGAAUCCGUCAGGAUCCGUAUCAAGGGCGAGAAGCACUUUCCCCCAGAAUACCUGGAUGGGCCCAUCGACUGGGAGAAGCUGAGAAGGACACUCAACACCGUCACAGGGGAGAGCCUGGGUCCCGUGAGUCGCUCAGUCUUCCAGCUGGGCUUUGAUUAUAUUGGCCCCUGCCUCCUCCUCAGCUCCUUCAGGGUGUACUACAAGAAAUGCCCAACGAGCCUUCACAACCUGGCCGUGUUUCCUGAAACUACACACAGUGGCGAGCUGAUCCCUGGCCAAUGUGUGGAGAACUCGGUACAAGUGGGGCCACUGCAGCGUCGUUGUGGCACGGACGGUGUCUGGGGACCCUCUGCUGGUCACUGCAUCUGCAGAGAGGGUCACCAAGCUAAAGACGAUGUCUGUGAAGCCUGUAAAAUAGGAUAUUACAAGGACACACCAGGACACGGCGACUGCACCAAAUGCCCCGCCAACAGUCAUUCCGAUAUUGAGGCCUCUGUCUCCUGCCCAUGUUUAAGUGGUUACAACAGGACUGAGGCACACCCUCCGUCGGCUGCUUGCACUGCCAACGAGAUUGAGAAUCAAGACCUCACCACCAAAACUGCUGUACCAACUAUUCACAAUGGAGAUCUACAGACAGGAGUCUUACUGGCAGCAUUUGGAGGUGCACUGCUGGUGAUAGUGCUGUUCAUCGGCUUAUUUGUCAGUUGGAGAAUGAAAAUGAAGGACAAGUGCAUAACAGGAACCAAAUCGCAGCUGGUCCCACUCAACACAGGAAGAUCCUACAGGAAGGAAACUGAAGAGGGCCGAUGGCAGCAUCUCGGUAUCAGUGACUCCCUGAAGCUGAACCUGAAGAAGGUGAUGGUGGAAAGGAGCUCUCUGUCCCUGGGUCAAAUCCUUGGCGAAGGUGAAUUUGGCUCAGUGUACCAGGCAAUACUCAAGCAAUCCACGGGCAUCAACCAGAACGUCGCUGUUAAGACAAUGAAACAGGGACUUGAUUCAAAGCCAGAGCUGGAAUCCUUUUUAAGGGAAGCAGAAUUGAUGCAAGGCUUCGACCAUCCAAAUGUCCUCAGACUUAUCGGGAUAUCACUCGAAGUUUGCUCUGCAGGGCAAAUACCAAUGCCGAUGGUCAUCCUUCCUUUCAUGCCUCACGGAGACCUCCGCAGCUUUCUCCUCAACUCAAGGCACAGAAAAAACCCUGUGUACAUACCUCUGCAGAUCAUCCUGAAGUUCAUGAUUGACAUUGCCUCAGGGAUGGAGUAUUUGAGUAACCAAGGCUUUCUACACAGAGACCUGGCAGCUCGGAAUUGCAUGCUGUGUGACAGUAUGCGGGUUCGCGUUGCUGAUUUCGGCUUGUCUAAAAAGAUCUACGCCAGUAAUUACUAUCGCCAGAAGGCAGUCUCAAAGAUGCCUGUGAAAUGGAUGGCUAUUGAGAGCAUGGCAGAGUCGAUCUACACAACAAAAAGUGAUGUGUGGUCCUUCGGAGUGACGAUGUGGGAGAUUGUGACUCAGGGGAAGACACCUUAUCCUGGCAUACAAAACCACGAGGUUUAUGACUACCUACAUGAGGGGAACCGACUGAAGCAACCACCUGAUUGUCUCGACAAAUUGUACCACCUCAUGUUCAGCUGCUGGUUCCUGAAUCCAGGACAGCGACCAACCUUUGCUGAGCUCAGAUCACUUCUCCAGGAGCUUCUGUCCACCUUGCCCAUCCUCGAGGACCAGGGUGAGGUCUACUACACAAACACUGGGGCACAUGGAGCGGCAGACCAAACAACAAGCAGGGCUGAGGUCUGGGAUGACGAAACAAGAAACUUCUAUGUAGUGGUGCUGGAUGAUGACAUGGACACUGGCAGCGACUGCGAAAGGACAUUGGAGACUUAGGGUGAAGGUUGAAUUAUCGGAUGAGAACACAAUAUUGAUUAGAUUGUGGAAGGAACUGAAGGGUUGAGCUGGCCUCAUGAGUUAUUGAGCAAAAUUAACAAUACUUGAUUUAAUCAUGCAAACCUUCAGUGCAUCAUUCGGACAAAAUCCCUUCACAGUUACUCCUGGUGCAAUUAAUUUCCUGCAGUGUUAGUUGCUUUAAUACGAGGCAUCAGGAGGAUAGUUUGCUCAACAUUGAAGGCGCCUGGAUAGACUAGGCUAUUUUCCUUGGAGCAGAGAGGACAAGGAAGGCCGUGAUUGAGAUGUAUAAAAUAUUGAAGGGCACUGACAGGAUAGACUGGAAGAAACUUUUCCUCAUGGUGGAUGAAUCAACGUCGAAGGGGCACAGAUUUAAUGUAAGGGAAAGGAGGUUUAGAGGGAAUGUGAGGAAGAUAAUUUUCACCCAGAGGGUGGUGGGAAUCUGGAACACACAGCCUGUGAGGAUGGUAGAGGCAGAGACCCUCAUAAUAUUCUAGAAGUAUUUAGAUGUGCACUUGUGAUCCCAAGACAUACAAGGCUAUGGGUCAAGAGCUGGAAAACGUGAUUUGAAUAGUUACAUGCUUCUUCUUGAUCAGCACAGACUCAAUGGGCCCAAGGGUCUUUUCUUGUGCUCUAGAACUCUGCCUCCAUUGGUGCUAUAUCUAAAUGAGCUUGAGAUCUCCUGGGAUGUUCAGGCACUAUCUUGGAUGAUCGACCCAGACCGUCCGAAAACAGGUGCUAAUAUUCGAUGCAACAGGAAGUAGGGUCCCAAUGAUCUUGCGUCCAUGGCUUACAUGUCUAUAUAUUCUCCCAAGCAAUCCAUCAGUAAAAAGGUAAUACAUAACUUGAAAGCUCAUGUUAAAAUCUCUUAGUUGAGUGAUGCAGGGGGAUAUACGUGCUGCUGUGGGAAGAGAUCAGUUGGAUGGGUAAGGUCCAUUAAAGUGUCAUAUAGACAGAUUUUGGGAAAAGAUUAAGUGGUUGUAUAGAAUCCAUAAUAGGGUAAGGUUUAUAAUGAGCUGCAGUAGGAGAUUAAGCGGGUGGACAGUGACCAUGAUAAAGUAGAGUUUACGUCCCACUUCCAGGCACAAGCAGCAGGAGGCGAUGUGAAGCCAGAAUUUACUCUCCUCCUGAGUCUGGGGAACCUGAGGUUAAUCUAGGGUCCAUUACUGCUGCUUGAGCAAGGAUUGACUUGUUGAGCAGAAUCUGAGAGAAAGUGAGGACUGCAGAUGCUGGAGAUCAGAGCUGAAAAUGUGUUGCUGGCAAAGCGCAGCAGGUCAGGCAGCAUCCAAGGAGCAGGAGAAUCGACGUUUCGGGCCCUCCUGAAGAAGGGCUCAUGCCCGAAACGUCGAGUCUCCUGCUCUUUGGAUGCUGCCUGACCUGCUGUGCUUUUCCAGCUAGAAUCUGAGAGAGCCAUACUCAGCUUCCAUGGUCUUUAUUCCACUCUCUCUCUAAUACCAUGCAAUUCCCCCACCACCACCACCCCCAGCGUGGAGAAAGUGUAAACCGCUACCUCGUCAUAGAGUCAUUCGGCAUGGAAACAGACCCUCCAGUGCAACCAGUCAAUUUUGGGUGCAUGCAUUACACGUUUUGGGGUGGGGGGUUGGGGAAAGAAAUAGGAGAAAGCAAAGUACUGCAGAUGCUGGCAUGUGACCACAGACAAUGCAAGAAACACUCAACAGACCAGGUGUUUGCAGACAAAGGUUCAAAUUGUUUCAGUGUAAUGACUUAACUGUUCAAUGAUGAUAAAAUGUGCCACUGUAAUACAUAUUAAUCUCACUAGGUGGUGCUGGUGCAGCAGAAAUGCACAAUCUGACACUAUGGAAUCACACCACUCUGAAGGAAGCUCAUUCAAUUACCACACUCCUGCCUUGCAACUCUUUUUCAUUACUCAUCCAAUUCCUUGAUUUCUUCUUCUGCCACCCUUUCAGCUAGUGCAUCACAUCUCUGGAGUUUGCUGUAUGAAGAACAAAUUUUCUUAAUUCUCCCAAACUCUCACUCUAGUCCUUUUUGCCAAAGACCGUAAGAUUGUGAUAAAUUCCUGGGGUUGGGGGGAGUGCUGUUACAGAUUUGUGUUAAACAGAGCUUCAAGAUAGGCAGGGAGGCCCCCUACGCAAUCUAGUUUGUUCUAUGUUUAAAAAAAAUGCAAACAGAGUGAUUGUAAAUCGGUGAAAAAUAACUAUUUUUCAAAUUGUUCACACUUUACAAUGUACUGACCUUGAACAAUAAAAGGCAUUGAAAGACAUUGAGAA